AUGAAAGUGUUCGCGCUGUGCUCUAUGCUCGCCCUCCUGCUGGCCGGUGCCCAGUCCCUGCCCAGUCGUGAAGGUGCCGCCUACACAAAUGAGGCUAUCCGGCAGGCGCAGCAGACGCUGCUCAUUCCCAAGGAUGCCCAGAUCCAGAAUGUCCAGGAGGGCAUCGAGCUGGGUGCAUACGAGCAGAUACCCGGCAACCAGCGCAUCAAUCUCUUCGAGAUCCUGGGCGAUCAGGUGCCCUCCGAGGUGAUAAACAACCUGCAGUCCCAGGUCGAUCAGAUCGGUCGCAACUGA